AUGCAGAACGCUGUUCGGAGACCAACAAGAAUGCACAAUUUAAACAAGCGGAGCCUUUCCCUCUCCGGCUCUCCUUCCUCUCCUCUUCUCUUCCCAUCCCCUCCUCAACUACUUCUUCCUUCCUUUAUGGAUCCACCUAUCUUCACAGCCUCUCCCUUCCUCAAAAGGCUAUUAUCCCAUACUCUCAUCUCUCUCUUCCUUCUUCUCUCCCUCUUCACCAUCAACCAAACCUUCUCUCUCCUCUCCUUUCCCUUCACCUUCCCUCAGCUCUCUAAUGGCCGCUCGGACGACUGUGAUUAUUCAGACGGAAAAUGGGUUUUUAAUGGAGGCUCUGAUCAGUAUUACUCAGAGGAAUGCCCGUUCAUUGAUCCUGGUUUUCUCUGUCGCUUCAAUGGAAGGAAAGAUAUAAACUAUCUUCAAUGGCGAUGGAAGCCUCAUAGAUGCAAUUUGCCAAGGUUCAAUGCUACCAUGAUGCUUGAAAAGAGCAAAAAUAAGAGGAUUUUAUUUGUGGGGGAUUCAAUAGGGAGAAAUCAAUGGGAAUCUCUACUUUGCAUGUUAUGGAUUGGCAUUGCAAAUCAAAGUAGAGUUUAUGAAAAAUAUGGGAGCCCAAUCUCAAAGCACAAAGGAAGCCUUAUCAUCUUCUUCAAGGACUAUAACCUAACCAUUGAGUACUAUAGGGCUCCUUUCCUUGUGGCUAUUGGUAGACCUCCACCAAACUCUCCUACCAUUGUCCACAAAGCUAUUCAUGUUGAUAUGCCUCAUUGGGAAUCUAAGAAGUGGGUCGGCGCCGAUGUUGUUGUCUUUAAUGCUGGGCAUUGGUGGAAUGACGAUAAGACCCUGAAAAGUGGAAAUUAUUUUCAAAUUGGGAACAAAAUAAAUAUGACAAUGGACGUUAAGGAAGCUUUUCGUAAAGCUAUUCGAACCAUAAAACAAUGGGCAGAUGAGAAUCUCCUUCACAGAAAGAGCUUUGUCUUCUUCAGAAGCUUCUCUCAAGCUCACUACAGCAAUGGCAGCUGGGACACUGGCGGCAGCUGCGACAAAGAAACUAUCCCCAGCACCAAAGAGAAAAAGCUAAGAGCAGAGCCAUGGAGCAAUGGAGUUAUAACUGAGGUGAUGAAGAAGGAAGGGGAAAAUAAGAAGGUGAGAUUCUUGAACAUAACUUAUCUCACCGAGCAAAGAUCCGACGGCCAUCCUUCCAAGUACAUGGAGAAGCCCACAAGAGCCGUCGAUGCAAUACAGGAUUGUAGCCACUGGUGUCUUCCUGGUGUGCCUGACGCAUGGAAUGAGAUCCUGUGGGCUCAUCUCCUCUCCAUGGGCUAUGGGACAUGA